CAGAAGUUGACGAGCCUGAGCUGAGAGCUCAACUGGAAAAGAUCCAGUCGGCUAAGACCGUGGAGGAGGCCUGCACAGCUAUAGUGGAGGCAUCAAACAGCCUCCACAUGCUUGGGGCAUUGUCCAGGGUUUCCUGUUUAGAGGAAAGGGAUGACCUAGGCAGCCCUAACCUUUUAUGUGGAGGGACGACUGGAGAUGCCCUUGAAACAGCUAAAGGGAGGACUGGUAGUGUUGGGUGUGCUAAAUGCACUUGAAACACACAUGGCACUUUGGGAGGACUUCUUCUGUGGGGGAGCCCCUAUCUUGACAGCUGCCUCUUUAUUGGAGCUCUUUUCACUGGAGUAUUCUCCACAAGGAAGCAAUAAAAGGGCUCUGGAGGAGGUAGCAGUUGCCCACUGGCGAGACUGGCUGAUUGUGGAUGAAGAUGGAGAUGCAGCCAUCCAGGUAGAUGGCGGGGACCUUGUUAAGGUCAAUUUAGAGGAUGUGCUGGUGUUUGCUUCUGGGGCAUCUGCCAUACCUCCAUUCGGUUUCAAAGAAACCCCAAUGAUUGAGUUUCUUCAUGAAAACCUGAAUGGCAGCAGGCGGAUGUUCCCAGAAGCAAACACCUGUGCCAUUACAUUAAAGCUUCCAGUAGGCCUGGACUAUGACGAGUACUGUCAAUUCAUGACUGAGGGAAUCCUUCAGUCCCCAAACUUUGGGGUAGCUUAGGUCUUGUAUGCCUAACUAAUUGUUUUCCCAACUGCCCACUCCA